GAGCGGAAGUGCAGGCCGCAGGCACUGGGAGUGAAUCAAUCCCCGAGCGGCGCCAUGGGGAACCGGGGGAUGGAGGACCUGAUCCCGCUGGUAAACAAGCUGCAGGACGCUUUCAGCUCCAUUGGUCAGAGCUGUAACCUCGACCUGCCGCAGAUCGCUGUGGUGGGCGGGCAGAGCGCCGGCAAAAGCUCGGUGUUGGAGAACUUCGUCGGCAGGGAUUUUCUUCCUCGUGGUUCUGGAAUUGUUACUCGCCGGCCACUUGUUCUGCAGCUCAUCAAUGCAAAAACAGAACAUGCUGAAUUUCUGCACUGCAAAGGGAAGAAGUUUACAGAUUUUGAGGAGGUUCGACAGGAAAUUGAAGCAGAGACAGACAGAGUUACAGGGAGCAAUAAAGGAAUCUCGCCAAUUCCCAUCAACCUGAGAGUGCAUUCUCCAAAUGUUUUAAACCUGACAUUGAUUGAUUUACCGGGUAUCACCAAGGUUCCAGUUGGUGACCAGCCAGCUGACAUAGAACACCAGAUCAAAGAAAUGAUAAUGCAGUUUAUCAGUAAAGAGAACUGUCUUAUCCUGGCUGUCACUCCAGCGAACUCUGACCUCGCCAACUCAGAUGCACUCAAGCUUGCUAAAGAGGUUGACCCACAAGGUUUGAGGGUGAUUGGUGUGAUCACAAAACUGGAUCUAAUGGACGAAGGGACUGAUGCUCGGGAUAUCCUGGAAAACCGGCUGCUGCCUCUCCGCAGAGGCUACAUUGGUGUAGUGAACCGAAGUCAGAAGGACAUUGAUGGUAAGAAGGACAUUUGUGCAGCUAUAGCGGCUGAGAGGAAGUUUUUCCUGUCUCACCCCUCAUACCGCCAUAUGGCUGAUCGCAUGGGAACCCCACACCUACAGAAGAUACUGAACCAGCAAUUGACAAACCACAUCCGUGAAACUUUGCCCACACUGAGGAACAAGUUACAGAGUCAGAUGCUAUCCCUGGAGAAGGAGGUUGAGGAAUAUAAAAAUUUCCGACCAGAUGAUCCCACCAGAAAAACCAAGGCACUCCUCCAGAUGGUGCAGCAAUUUGGGGUGGACUUUGAGAAGCGAAUCGAAGGCUCUGGCGACCAGGUGGAUACAGUGGAGUUGUCUGGAGGUGCAAGAAUUAACCGCAUCUUCCAUGAACGAUUCCCAUUUGAGCUAGUGAAGAUGGAAUUUGAUGAGAAGGAGCUACGAAGAGAAAUCAGCUACGCAAUUAAAAAUAUCCAUGGUGUCAGGACGGGGCUGUUCACCCCAGACAUGGCAUUCGAAGCCAUAGUGAAAAAGCAAGUGCACAAGUUGAAGGAGCCGUGCCUGAAGUGCAUUGAUAUGGUGGUCUCUGAGCUGGCGACUGUCAUCAGAAAGUGUAGCGACAAGCUCAACUCCUUUCCUAGGUUGCGCGAGGAGACGGAGAGGAUUGUAACCACUCACGUCCGAGAUCGGGAGGGAAAGACCAAGGAUCAGAUCCUUUUAUUGAUUGACAUCGAACUAUCCUACAUCAACACAAACCAUGAGGAUUUCAUUGGAUUUGCAAAUGCACAGCAGAGGAGCAGCCAGUUAACAAAGAAACGAGCAGUUCCAAACCAGGUUAUUCGCAGGGGUUGGAUCACCAUCAACAACAUCAGCAUCAUGAAAGGUGGCUCCAAGGAAUAUUGGUUUGUGCUAACGGCUGAGUCACUGUCUUGGUACAAAGAUGAAGAGGAGAAGGAGAAGAAGUACAUGUUACCACUUGACAACCUGAAACUGAAGGAUGUGGAGAAAGGUUUCAUGUCCACCAAACAUGUUUUUGCAAUCUUCAAUACCGAGCACAGGAAUGUUUAUAAAGACUAUCGCCAAAUUGAAUUGGCUUGUGAGUCCCAGGAGGAUGUGGACAGUUGGAAAGCAUCGUUCCUGAGGGCAGGGGUCUACCCAGAGAGGGAGAAUGCUGAGAAUGAUGAGGGGAGCAGUAGUCCAGACACAUUUUCAAUGGACCCACAGCUAGAGCGACAGGUUGAGACGAUCCGUAACCUGGUGGAUUCCUACAUGGGAAUCGUUAAUAAAUCGAUCAGGGAUCUGAUGCCAAAGACCAUUAUGCACCUCAUGAUCAACAAUACCAAGGACUUUAUCCACUCGGAGCUACUCGCUUUUCUGUAUUCAUCGACUGACCAAAGCAGCUUAAUGGAAGAGUCAGCUGAGCAGGCACAGAGACGUGAUGAAAUGUUGCGAAUGUAUCAUGCCAUCAAAGAAGCUCUCCGCAUCAUCGGGGACAUCAGUACCACCACCAUCACUGCACCCUUGCCUCCCCCAGUUGAUGACUCUUGGCUUUCUGUCCAGUCCGGGGGUCACAGCCCGACACCUCAGCGUAGACCCCACUCUGCAGUGGGCCCACCAAGUAGACCUCCUGGAGUCCGGGGAUCGACUCCGGGUCCUAUGUUGAUACCAAUGCCUGUGGGAGGUUUUGGUGCUCCUCCUAUUCCCUCCAGACCUGUUCCCACUAAUGAUGCCCUAGGGGCACCACCUCAAAUUCCUUCCAGGCCAGCACGUAUCCCACCUGGCCCUCCUGGGCUACCCAGCAGAAGACCACCCGCGGCUCCGACCCGACCCACAAUUAUCCGAACAGCCGAGCAUUCCCUACUGGAUUAAACAGUGGGAUUUAUCCUGUGAAGCGUUUUAUUGUAGGCUAUAGUGGAUGAUUAGCCAACCUUAUUCUCACGCAUUUAAUCCGCUGAGGGGCAGUAGUGGUGUGAAGGGCAGGACCCGUGUUUACCAGAGAGUUAUCCAGACCUCUUGGCUAUCACACUAGCUGGGAACACCAAGAUAUUCUUAACUGAACUUUAUUUAAACAAUACUGAAUUAUUGGUUGGUUGUUCCCCCAGCACUAAAAUUUGGAGUCAAUGUCUCUCACUCACUACUCCCUUGAUAUUCCUGAUUGAGAAACUUUGCACUCCCUGAAUAAACAGCAAAAUUGUCUUGGUGCCUUUUUUUCAUUUGUUAGGAUCAUUGCUCCUAGCAGCUCUGUGUAAAUAAAACAAUUAUUACUGUUAGCUUGUCCUGUCUCCAGGCAUCUACUUACAUUUUUUGGGGUGUGGGAGGCAUCCAAGGUUUUAUUGCUGUCUCUGAUACUACAAAGUAAUCGGAGCAGUGAGUGCCACAUCCUAUGGCCUUACAAACACUGGGAAAGUUGAGAGCAUAUAGUGGAGCUGGGAGAAGUGCUCAAGAGUUGUUACAUUGCAGUGAGGUCAAUAGGCUGAAAAUGUGAAAGGGGAAUCAAUGGAAUUAGGGAGUACUUCAGUAAACUGUCUCACUCCUGUGACCCUUUCAAAUUGAAGUUCUGAUGGGGUACUAGAGUGGAUGAAAGUGAGAAGUAAAGGUAUGCAAGCCCUGGAUGGAAUAGUUUGAGAGAGAGGCGAUCUUGGUUAGGAGUUUGUACUGAGGAGAGCAAAUCCUGGCAGAGCAGAGGGGAUGGGGUUAGCGAAGUAUGGGGAGAUACCGUGAGCCAUGCAUUGACUGCAAGAAGUUUAUUGUGGCUGAUGGGUUGAUUGCGUGAAAAUACAAUGGCUUGAAGAAUCUGAUUGUGAUCUUUGAAUUUUUUUAAAGUCCAAUGACCGAGUGUUUUUAUUCUCCAGCCAAUGACUGCAGAGCUGAGUUUCAGGAACAUGAAUGAUUUUUGAGUCAUAGGUAACAGACUGAGCUUAGCCAAUGAUGUUCUGUUAGCCCCUUAACAGGUGUGCGUGUCCAUCUAUAGAUGUUUACCAUUUACUCAUUGCUUUAAUUUUGCACUUGUUCAGACCUGUGCCUAGCUUCCCAAGGUCAGUAGCUCCUUAGCUGUUGACAAUUACAAAAUUAACCAUCCUUAAGAUUCAACCAUCCUCAUUCAUUGCUGAAUGGUUGUGAUGGUAACCUUAUGGUUCACUUUGUCCUAACAACUUGGGUUGGAUGUUUCUGGCUGUUUUAAUUUGCUGCAGCUCUUCCCCAACCUCCAAUCAGUGGCUGCUUUUCUCACUGGUCUAAUACCAGUAUUGCCAGAUUUCAAUCACAAUGACUGGGGAACCAGAAAGAUUGCAAUUUGGGGGGGUCAUAUCUAUCCAAAGAGGAUGGGAUUGUGGGGCAUUGGUUGUUAAUUUGCCUCAACAUUGAACUGCUAUGUGUUGACCACUUAGUUUCUUGUUUUUGUUGGGUUCAGAGUAUCGUGACUAGGAACCAAGCUAAUUUGGUAUUCCUGGGGGGUGAGAUGUGUGUGUCUGUGUUCAUAGGCUGAGGAACAACUCGUGUUCAGCAAUCUGUAAAUGAAAGUGUUUAGUGAAUAGCCUUUAAAUGGGCCUGGGUGAAGUCAGUGGUUACAGCUUAUGUACCACUUAACGCAAACAUAGUGGAACUUUAGAAAUCUACCUUCAAUCCCUGAGCUCCUUGGCCUGUCUCCCACAUGAGGUACUAGCUCUUACUUAAUCUGACCUCCCUGUAUGUUAGCCCUUGCCUAACCUACCCUAGACAGGAUGACCAGCUCCCUCUUGGAUUACUUUUGCAGCUUGCUCUCAUUUGUCUUGUUUGAGCAUUGCCUUAAGAAUAAGCAUCUCGGAUCAAUCUGAAAGUACAGUCUGUAUUAAUUAAUUGACCCCUUCAGCUACAAUGAAGCAGCAUCUGUCAGCAUUGCAAAGCAGAAUAAAAACAUGUUGGAAUCCUGAGGGAGGCAUCUGGGAAUUAGAUGGCUACAUACUUGGAUUAUUUCUGGUUAAACCUGUUCAGCAUCAGAUGCCAACUAACUUAGUACAUUUCCAACAUUUUCUGAUGUGUUCCUGUUCUCCAGCACUGAUUACACAGCUGGAAUCUGCAUUCUGAUGAAAAUGAGAGGAUCACAAAUUCCUGAUGUAAACAGCUUGUUCAUCUUUUAGCAAUUGGGGUUGUACGUCCAAGCUUUUGGGAGGUGGUAUCCAUGUACUGUUGCUGCUGAACUAACUCCUUACCUGGGGGGAGCUGGACAUCAAAUCAGCUUUCUUUACUGGAGGCAGGUUUGCUGCAGGAAAUUCUUGCUGUUAUAGAACUUAAAAUGGAGUUUUCCCUUUCUCGCUCUAAACAAUAGUGAUUUGUUGAAUGCACUUAAUUCUCCCUCCACAUAAACAAUGGAAUGCAAGGUAGAACUGGACAAGAAAACUAAUGUAUAAGCAUUUUGGAGGGAGUUCUUGACUGGAUGGGUGGGAAUGUGCAACAUAUUUUAUUUGCUGAUUUCCCCCACCGCCUCUUUGCUGUGCCACCCCUCCCCCCAGAAAUUAUUCUCUGAAACUCUCAAGAUUGUCUUAGUGUCCUGCUGUGGGUGGGACCACCAGUUUUAUAUAAAAUAUAUUAGUUAGUGGAUCAAACUAAUUUCUUCAAGUUUGGGGAGGAGAAUCUGCUGGAAGCACUUGGGUCUGAUCCUUGAUGCUUUAUCACAAUUGCAAUAAAGAGAAUGUAACUUUUGUGCAAUUUUGGGCAGUGUCUCCACAGAAAGAUACUGGACCAACUGUGGGAAAUUAGCUCAAAGCUCCUUUCGGUUUUUGUAGUUACUGAUCACGGAUGCAGAAGAUCUUUCUACAAACUACAAUUUCUAGAGAAAAUAACUGAAUUAAUUAAUAUUGUAUUACAAUGUAGUGGCUGAAUCCUUUUCCUAUGAUUACUUCAUCAAAUUCAGGGCUCUGCUCUAAUUAACAGAUACCUGAAUGUUCUCACUCCUGGUGCGUGAUACUAUUGACUGUUAACUGAUUUGAAAUGAAGUGCCUACAUUCUGUACGGUAAUGAACUGAAAUAAAGGGAUGGACAGUAGAA